ACCUUACUUCUCUGACAACCUGCCUAUCAUGUCGCCACAAUCGGUUCUGGACCAGGAGGAUAAGGAUCACUUCUUGACCCACGGCUGGAUAAAGAAAACAGACAAGUCCACGUGGACACGACUGCGCACCAACAUGCCAUUCCACUUCACCUUUGACGCAUCUGAGUUCGCUCCUCGCGCCUGGGCCGCGAUUUGCGAGCUGUCUGGCGGCGAGGAGCGCGUCACGCCGCAUUCUAAGAUCUGGAAGGACUCGCUCAUAGUCAAUCUGGGCUUGGUUGAAGCAGUGGGCAAGCCGGUACACGGCGACUUUUUUGUGCAUUAUCUUGAUAGCCCCGAGCAGGGCUUGCUGGUCACGCCGCUGUUUACCGACAUCGCCCCCGAUGCGGGCGGCACCGUCAUCUGCCCCGGGGCUAUUCCCAAGAUGGCAAAGUAUUUGUACGAGCACCCGGAAGGAGUAUCGCCGCGGAUGACGCCGCGCGGCAAGCCGGGUUCCACUCAAGAGAAGAACCUAGACUGGUUUAACAGCCUUGCGCGGGGCUGCUCGCACUUCGUCGAGGCGACGGGACCCGACGGCAACUACAGCCUUGUUGAGCAGGUCGCGCUAAGGGCUCUGGGCAAGGAUCGGCUGAAAGACUGGAAAAUCGCCGCCGCGAGGGAAGAGUUCAUACCCGAAAGGGUCCGGAUCCAGGAGAGGAUGAAGUUGGAGGAGCUGAAAAGACUGGAGCUGGCUGAAAAGGGGACUGCCGCGGCCUAA